AUGACGUUAUUCUGCACGAUUUCUGAUCUAUCAACAAAAAAAAAUAAGAUAUUCAAUACGAAAUUUUCUGUUUUUCGAAUUGUAUUAUUAUUAUUAUUAUUAUUAUUAUUAUUAUUAUUAUUAUUAUUAUUACUAUUAUUAUUAUUAUUAUUAUUAUUAUUAUUAUUAUUAUUAUUAUUAUUAUUAUUAUUAUUAUUAUUAUUAUUAUUAUUAUUAUUAUUAUUAUUAUUAUUAUUAUUAUUAUUAUUAUUAUUAUUAUUAUUAUUAUUAUUAUUAUUAUUAUUAUUAUUAUUAUUAUUAUUGUAUCAUGAUGCAUCAAAAGCAAAUAGAAGGAUAAUAAUAACAGUAUUCAACAGUGGUGCACCAAAAGAAAGAAGAAAAAAAGAAAACACGUUUGGUCGAAAAAAAAGAGAAAAAUUCGAAAAAAAAGUUACGGUUACCGAUUAUUGCAUGCAAAAAUUAACAAAAUUCAAAAUUCAAUUACAAUUGCAAAAAUUAUCAGGAUAG